AGUGGUCGUGCGGCAGCUGCGGCAGCGCUGACUGGCCUUGCGACUCAGCUGGUCCAACUGUCAACAGGCACUGCCUGGCAAUUUAGGCGCUCUUCAUUGUCGAAAACCUGCCAGGUUCAGCGUCAAGUUGCUCCGAGAAGGGGCCUCGGCAACCACCGGACCGGCCAUGGACUGCGACGGAGGCAAGAGCCGCAUCCCGAGCCUGCGACGCAGCGCCUCGGUCCGGGUACGUGGGGAGCGCACCAUCCCGGAGUCUGCGGCUGCCCGCUGCUGCAGGCCCCUGGCCCCCAGCCUGCUGGGGGAUGCCGGGACGCCCGAGUGCUGCGACGAGGAGUCUGCCCAGAGCGUGGGCAGCACCGCCAGCCUCGCCUCUUGCGGGAGCACCUCCGUCGGAAAGAACGGCGUGCCGGGGCCGGGCGUGCGCAGCACCAAGUUUGUGCUGCACUGCCAGCGCCACUUCGAGUGCCCACCUGAGGGCUACCUAACGCCCACCCAGCGGAGGGAGCGGGAGCUCAGGCAGCUGCGCUCGGCGCUCGCUCGGGCCACGAGGGACGCCCAAGACAAGGAGGAGCGCCUGGCGGCGCUGGAGCGGGAGCUGGACCAGCUGCGCCUCGGGGAGCAGGUCCAGGACACGCAGGAGCGUGGCAUGGAGACGGACGACCUGGACGACAGCGGCAUUGUGGCCGACUUGCCGAGCUGGACGGGCAGCCGCUGCUCCAAGGAGACCCAGGCAUGCCCACCGGAAGACCCCAAAGUUGCUCCGGCCGGCCGCAAGGCGGAGGAGCUCUCGCAACGAGGACGGGGCACGUCCACCACAGACAGCAGAGAGGAGAGGGCGGAGGAGGGCAGCACGGUCCGGGAGAACUGGUCCGACUCGACGGACUCCCUGGACUCCGGACCGGACCGGAAGGGCAGCCGCGAAGCGGACGCGCGAGGGGUGGGAGCCGCCAGCCUCCGCAAGAAGUACCGGGACCUGAAGCACCGCUACGUCGAUCGCACCGAGAGCCUGCUGCAGAUGCUGGGGGACCUGAAUGCCAACACGGACAGGAAGGCAGAACGUUGUAGCCGAAAAGAGACUGAUGCUUCCACGGAUGCCUUUUGGCAGCACAUCUCCACAUGUCAGUCCACUUGUGUGACCAGGUACCUGGAGCUGCGGCCGGCAUACGAGACCACCCAGGAGCGCCUGCGCCACCUGGAGAGGGAGCUGUCCGAGGCUCGUGCUGAGAUCGAGAAGCAGGAGCAGUGGCACAGCGAGAUGUAUCUCAAGAUGUACCGGAAGGGUCAAGAGGCAGCCCAGUUCGAACGGGAAGAAGACGGGACGGCGUCGUCGCCCCCCCGGGGGGGCGGGAGCAUCCCCGCACUGUUGCAGCAGCUGCGACGCACCGAGAGUGAGCUGGAGCGCUCCAGGGCACUCCAUCGUGCUCCCCUGGCGGCCUCUGCACCCCGCACGGGCGGCAACGAUCGCCAGGCGGAGUACACGCUGCGCUUCCUCAAGGACGCCGUCUUCUACUUCCUGACGGACCGAACUGACUGCAGGGGCCACCUGAACGCCAUCCAAUCCAUCCUGGGAUUCUCCGAGGCCGAGAGGGCUGCCGUGGCCAAGGCCUGGAGGCAUCGCGGCAGACUCUGAAGGGGCCGCAGGGUGCCGUAGAGCCGACCGCCAGACGACGUCUUCUUAAGGUCUCCGGGACGUCUGCAGAACGCUAAGACAUCUCGAGGACGUCUGCGGAACCGUGCGUGCUGCCUGCCGGGGCGCGGCUUACCUCGGAGGCACGGGCGGAAAUGUAAAGAGACGGCAAAAUGCCGACCUCGUGUAGAGCAGUGGGUUCAAACUGCGACACUGUUGGCACGUAUACUUUGAGCAGGAAGUGCCCAUUCCGUUUUGGUGGCAGAUUUUGAGAUUCUUAGAACCAGUGGUUUCCUUUCUGCUUGAGAAAAUGUCCACCUUGGAGACUGUAAGCAGAUGGAACGGUCACUUUUGGCUGCCGCACGUCUAUGCUCCGUUUCGCCUUACGAAGAACCUCGGCAGAUGCCACGAGCCGUCGGUGCCAAUGCAAAACCGCGUGAUUGUCACGUGACCUUCGUGAGGGGCGCAGCGACGUGCAGGGCGCUCGGUUGCGCGAUAAUUUUUCGGCGCUGGAGAGGCUGGGACAACUCGUAGCGUCUGGUGCGGUUUGUCGCGAGGCGAAGCGGAGUAUAGCAAGGGGCAUAGCCAGGCAUCGUUAAUGUCAGCAAACUGCACUCCGAGCAUUUGUUACGACGUAAAGUUGUCCCAUAAAAACAACAACGGUGAUGCACAUAUCGGGUCGCAAUUUUAGAGGAGCAUUUAUUUUAGGGGUAGGUUUAACUCGGUGAGAUUUUUAAACACUUUGGAAAUAAGAGUCAUGCGAGCCUUGUACGGGUGCUGGUUGAAGUGUAGCAUUGUUUGUUUGUCCAUUCCUAGCAGUUUGUUUGUGCAGCUGAUGAGCUGCCGUCGCACCCGUUAAUGGGAAGGCCCGCUUCGACUGCCCAAAGACGGGCCACACUGUCGACCCCAUGGCCGAGUGUGGCGUGAUAUCUAGUUGGACGUCUACUCCGGGAGGUACUGCCGCCUUUAGUGCCUGCACUCACAGUGCUGGUUUGUUUGGCAGUUUCGGCAAAGCAAAGUCACCGAUUGUUGUUAUUGUAGGCACUAGCAUUCAGAGUUUCAUACCAGAAAGACUGCAAUGGCUUCGCCCUUAUAAUUGAGACGUAGAUAAGUGCCUAACAAAUUGGCGUUGUUUCAAGCAGAGGCCCACAUUCUAAGAGGCAGUCGGGAGUUUGUUUCCAUCACUUAGCUUUGGCAAUUAACGAGGAUGUGCAUCACUACCAUAAUGAUGUAUAAUUUCUUCUAACGCUAUCUUCGAACACUUUUCCUGAUAUUCUCUCCGUAAGAUAAUCACAGUCUGGUGCAGUCUGGCCUGAAAUUCUCCUAUUUGAUAGAUUGGUUGCUACGAGUGACAGUUCCCCGUCUCAUCUCUAGCUCAACUCCUAAGACAACUUGUAGUUUCAGCCUCCUGAAGCGUGCAGUUUUCUUUGGCACCUUUUACAGAAAGGCCGUUUGCCUUCAGCUGAAAGUUGCAGUUGCUUUGCAUUUCUGGGUGCCUUUCUGACGACCAGUUUUAUCCGAAUCGACCGUUGACAUUACUGCAGUAAGAUUUAUCUUAACGCAGCAGAGACAGAGUAUGAAGGCAACUUAGUGGCUUGCUACGACUUCUUAAGUCCAGGACGGCUCCCUAAGCGAGGAAAGAUGGCUGUUGGAUGCUGGAUUUCAUUUUGACACAUUUAUUCGAAUCCAGGCUGCUGCUUUCAGCACAUUAGCUCUCCGGUGAUGUUUCAGCACAUUAGCUCUCCGGUGAUGUCAUAGUGUGAAACUGUGCAGCUUUUUAUGCAGCUCUUCUUUUUCUCACCGGGCUUAGCUCUUCACACAUCGUGGCAACUCUGCAAAGGCCCUCUCGUUUACACGACAAAUGUCGGCCUCCCCGCUGGUACGAGACAACCCGAUGCUUGGGUGGUUGAAGUUAGCGCAAGCUCUGGCUAUGAAAUCUGUGAAUUCAUUAUUCAUCCCUGCAACAACUAUCGCACCUAGCUGCAUGGUUUAGCUUUAGAAUUUAGCGAAGAAUAUUCACGUAACCAGCGUCCCUUCGUUUGCUGAAGCUUGGCAAACUGACCUUCUGCUACGGGUCUAUCCUCUGCUUGAUGGGAAUCCUGCGACAGCUACGGUCAAUCUAGUUGGAACCAAGUGUUCCUUUGGCUCUUGCCAAGCACCUCAAGGUGCACUGUUCUUCUGGAUGGAGUUUUAGUUACAGUUGUUUUGGCAGCAUUGUUCCUGAAUUUGCGAAGGCUGGAUGAAGCUCCUACGGGGUAUGUGUCUGAGAGGAAGGGAAGACCCAGGACUCUAAUCUUGUGACAGUCAGCCCCAGUUGUACCUAAAGCGUCCAGUUUUUGGCUUUUUCUUUAAUGUAAGUCAGUAUAGUAAAUUAAUGUUUAUUGUGCUUGAAUAGUAUAUUGGUGUUUUUCGUUAUUUACUCUCAUGAGUAUGACAGACGCACUCAAAGGAAGGAAACUACAUAAAGGUGCAGUCACUGGUGCUUAAAAGUAAGCUAAAGUGAUCCUCUGUAAAGCACAAAAAGAAUACUCCUCUUUGUUUGAACUAUUCUAAGUGAACGAUGCAAGAAAUGAUGCAUGAAGGCCCAUUUAUGCAGUAGCGUUUGACCAUGUUUGACGACAUUGUGAGGACUUGGUAUGGCUGCUUGUCACUGGGAUAUUUAUGCUUUGUAAGCUACUGGCAACUAAUUGGGGGGUGGCUUUGCAUGCGACAUACGAGUCAGGAAUGCCCCUUUGACUCGCAGCUGUAACUUGUCAUAACAUAGUCAAACGCGACUGUGUACAUGGGCCUUUGCUCUCGCUGCUUUGGACAGUAAUCUCAGCUCGGGAGUUCUGAUGUAUGACAGGUGUAAAAGAAAUGAAAGCUGAACGGUCAUCUGAAGUUUCGGCAGCUAUGUUUUCACUUAAACACUUUAAGCCAGAAGCCUUAUUUGGAGUAAAACAUCUUUAACUGGUGGUUAAUUGAGCUGACAUGCCUACAGUGAUGCCUUUCAUUCUGUAGAUUUUGCAUUUUAGAUUUUGGUUUUAGGUUAGAUUUUGCAUCAACUAAAGCACUUAGAAGCUUUCUUGGGUCUGCCCUUGCAGCGGUUACCUUUGUAUUUCUAUGGUUAAGGUUAAAAUCAAAUUCGAAACCCUUAUUUGAAUUAGAAUUCGGUUAUCUGGUUGAAAGAAAUACUCAAUUACGAAGGCAAGCUGUCUUAGAAUACUGUUUAUUUAAAAAAGCAAGGUGAACAAUAUCUACUCCCCAUGCACAAACUCUUAUAAGGAUUAUUAGAAAUAAAUACUUCUACACGACGAAAAUAGAACAAGAAGGUGGCAUAUUCUGAAUUUUAUUGAAUUAAUCAUUUCUUUCAUACCUGAUCUCCUUUCUGUCGAUGCUUUGUCGUUUGGUAGUUAUGGUGGUUCGGAAGCUAUACUGCGAAUGAAGUGCUUCUCAUUAACCUGCACAUCUUCCACUCUUGACAGAAAACAGUUUUCUUUAUGCUUCCAUACUAUGAAAUGUGUGAGACCCAAGUGCACACCAGUACUAACAUGUCCCUUUGAAUGUAACUCUUUCCUCUGUCGUCUAAUUGGAAACUGUGCGUGUCAGCAUGGACUCGGGACAAUUUCUUAUGCUGCUACUGGAAAAUACUGUAAACAUUGUUUUUGUUAACCUGGAGACUGGUAAGAAUGCUAGUGCAAAGAUAUGUUGCGGGUUUCUGUGAUUUGUGAUGGAGACUAUGCAGUGCUUAGGAUUGUAGCAUUUCCAGAGCAGAAGAGUCAAAUGUGGUGUAGUGAAGCCAUGUGAAAAAGUUGACCUCCAUUGCACGCUUUGCGACCCUCUCGACCUUGCUUCCAAAGAGAAAUGUGUGGGCCCUGAUGGGCGACCACAAUUCAUGUAACCAGUACCCUCCGUCGUCACCGCAGUUUCUGAUGAUCACUCUGAUUUUGGGUUACCUCACUCCCUUUGCAACCUAUGACCAACACGAGUCUUGCACGCACUUGCGAGUCAUGAUGGCUGCAGCCAGUCAGUCUGCUCGCCCGUUUUAGAGAUGCAGGUUACACUUGUGUUAGAAUUAUACAUUCCUCGGCAGCACUAUAUUACGAUGCUCGAGAGCUGGUUUGCAAAGUAUAUUUAUGUUGUACAAUGUUUUUUUUUUUUUACGGAGCAACCCUUCUUUAGGUUUUUAUUUAUCCUCGCUUGCAUAGGCACGAUUCUUUACGUGUGUGUGGAGCGAUGAGCUUUAUAUUACUUCCGUGGCACAAGAGCCUCGUGCUCAACAUAUUCUAAGAAGGUGUCUCUAGCUUCGCUAUGUACAGGAGCGAUGCGUGCUGCAAUUCCAGUACCACUGUGAUCUGCGAACGUGUGUCGGAAAGUUCUAGCGCUCUUUGUACACUGCGCUUUUGGUUUACAUUUUUAGCAUUUUUAUAUACAGUAAACUUUCGUUAAUUCGACCUCGGUUAAUUCGACUUUUCGUUUAAUUCAAUCCUGUUCAAAAGUCCCGGCGAGCGCCCAUGCAUUUCUAUGGGAGGAAAAGUUUGAUAGUUCGAACUCGGGAAGACUCUGCAUCAGAUAAUUCGUCCCGAGUGAAUGCGCAUGGGCUCACAUUGCCAGCAACCCUGGCAGAAAGACCGCCUAAGUACGGCGAAACACGGGCCCUUUGCUGCCAAACCGAACGUGCGCAAAUAUGUGCCUGCUCCUCUACGCCGUUGAGACGGACCGCAGUGAAUGACAUCAGCCAGCGCACUAAUCUGGCGUGGAGUAGAGCGGAGAACAUAGCACGGGGUCGGGCGCGGAGACAGUGCGCGCUUUUAAAGCACUUUUCAGUAGACCGUGUGCAGUCCAUCUCGCGCUCCGGAAAACGCAAAUUCUCUUUUCCUUUUUUUUUUUCUUUGUUCUUGUUCUCUGUUGCCGACGGUCUGGCUGCCCGGCGCCAAAAUCGGGUCAUAAAACUUGCCUUGUUCGUUUUUUUUUUUUUUUUAUGCAAUUUUUUUAGGUUGUGACGUUUAGUUAUGCUGCUCUUUGGAGCAUGCUUUUUAGACCUGCGUUUUAAGUGCAGACGGCAGCAGACCAUCCGUGAGUACUUUGGACAGUAAAACAAAGUUUAAUUUUAACCGUUUUUCUGUCCUUUUCUAAAUUUGAUCAUUCGGAUAAUACGAUCAAAUUUUAAGGUCCCGUCGAGGCCGAAUUAACGAAAGUUUACUGUACUAGCUAGUUCACUUUUACCCUUUCAGGUAACUAAUUUCUGGGAGCAUGAAUUCCACCUGAGAAGUGUUCAGCUCUAUGCAGAAAACAAUGAAGCCCGAAGUGAAGAGAUUUUGCGAAGCAUCCUACUAUCUCUUACCCUCAUGGUGAAUGAAACUGGUCGUGGCUCUCUAGCGGGCUCCUGGUGCAGCCAGUCGCGAGCUGGUGGCUUAGACGAGACUUCCCCGUUGGCGUUCUAAUUUAUUUAUUUAUUUCGGCACCCUCAAUCGAUGUCACUUUAGAGGAGAGUGUAGAAAGCUGAGACAGCGAAAAAUUAAUAAAUAAAAACUUGAGGUAGAAAAUAAACAGUCUGGUAAUAUUAACAGAAGUGAGUAGCUAAUGCUUUUUUUUUUUUUUUAAGGAAACU